AUGUGCCUUAAAAUUGAUCACAAUAAUGGAAUUGAUCAUCUGCUAGUCACUGGACUUGGAGGUAUCGGUAAAGCUGGUGCUGCUGGAAGUUCUGCACCGAGUGGACAUGGACAGGCUGGUGCAGCUGGACGUAAUGAAAUGGGCGGUGGUCAAGGCGCAUCUAGUGCAGCUGGCCGCAGUCAAGGGCCAGCUGGGACAGCUGGGGUAGUUGGUAAUCAAGGACAGGCAGGUGAAGCCGGUAGCAGCGGAACGGCUACGGAUGGUAAAGGUGGAUAA